CUCAAUUUCUUCGAGCAACAGCAGCAGCAGCAGCAGCAGCAGCAGCGCGAUUAGUGUGUGGACGAUGGCGCUCAGACCAGUCGUCUCGUCGCUCUUUGCGAGGAGCCUCGCCAGGCCGUCGUUGAUUGCUGCCGUCGCCGCUCGACAUGCUUCCACGUCCGCUCCUGCACCCGCCGCGAGGCCCAUUCCGCCUCCUCGAGGCAACCUUGCAACGCCCGCCGACUUCCUCCAGGCGAUCAGCACCCCGCGGCGAGGCGACCUGCAGCAGGCCGUCUCAGGUCUGACGGGCGAAGACUGGAACGCCCUCUUUGGCCUCGAUGGAACGCAGCUCAAGAGUGCAGGUGUGACCCCAAAGCAGCGCAGAUUCGUCCUUUGGGCCCUGGAGAAAUAUCGGCAGGGCCACGACCCAAGCGACUUUGUCGUGGAUCAGAAGCCAAAGAAAAAGGUCCGGGGAUGGGGCCCACGGGUGCAAAAGGGGAUUCGGGUCAGAGGCAGGAGGCGACCGGGGGAGAAGUAAAAAGGGCGUGUAUGUGAAAUCCAGGGUGCAGCAAUGCGCCUGUCUGUGUAUAAAUACAAAUGGUACACCAUAAAACCGAUCAAGUGACUCCUAAUCCAUGGUGAGAGAACAGAGAAAGAAGUGUGGAGCAGAGCAGAGAAGCAAGCACAUCAAGCCAUCUUGUCGCCGU